ACUAUCGUUUGCCCGCAAGAAGUUGUUCAGUAAUGCUGAUCUAGAGACAACAAUCAAUACACCUACAUUUUAAAGACUGGGCAGACUGCAGACAUGGAGACAUGGAGCCUGAUAUCUGUUUGCGUAUUUCUGGGAUUGACGACUAGAUGGGCCGUAUCGUUCAAUUCAUACUCAGGUGCGGGGAAACCGCCCAUGUUUGGGGACUAUGAAGCUCAGAGACACUGGCAAGAAGUGACAGUGAAUCUUCCUGUCCAUGAAUGGUAUUUCAACACCACAGACAAUGACUUGAACUACUGGGGCCUGGACUACCCCCCUCUGACGGCUUAUCACAGUCUACUCUGUGCACAUGUAGCGAAGUUAAUUGACCCAACCUGGGUGGAGUUAUAUGCCUCCAGAGGACAUGAAAGCCCCUCCCAUAAGCUCUUUAUGAGGGCUACAGUCUUUAUUGCAGAUCUUGUCAUAUAUAUACCAGCAGUUCUGUUAUACUGUUUCUACCUCAGAGAUGGCUCAGCGAAGAGAAGGGUUGCUGUAGCACUGUGUAUCCUGCUCUAUCCUGGACUGAUUCUCAUUGACUACGGCCAUUUUCAGUAUAACAGCGUGAGUCUUGGUCUGGCUCUGUGGGCAGUGGUUGGGUUGGGUUUGGGUCAGGACCUGCUGGGCUCUGUGGCCUUCUCUCUGGCUCUGAACUACAAACAGAUGGAGCUCUACCACUCGCUGCCCUUCUUCUGCUACCUGCUUGGCAAAUGUGUCAAACAGGGCCUGACAGGCAGAGGACUCUUCCUCCUGCUGAAACUCUCAGUGACUGUGCUUCUGACCUUUGCCCUCUGCUGGUUGCCCUUCCUGUCUGACCCUGGUCAAGUGCUACAGGUGCUGUGUCGUGUAUUUCCCGUGGGUCGAGGUCUAUUUGAGGAUAAAGUGGCUAACACAUGGUGCAGUCUAAACGUGCUGAUAAAGAUCAGGACCAUCUUGCCUUCUCAGAUUCAGCUGCUCUGCAGUUUUGUUCUCACUCUUUUGGCUGCGUUGCCAUCAUCAGUAAAACUGCUGGCUAAGCCGACCCUGUGGCAGCUGAAGCUUGCUCUGGUGAACUCUUCGCUGGCCUUCUUCCUCUUUUCUUAUCACGUCCAUGAGAAGUCCAUCCUCCUGCCAGCUUUGCCGGUAUGCCUUCUGAUCAACGACCUUCCCCUCAUGUCCAUUUGGUUUCUGCUGGUGUCAAACUUCAGCAUGCUCCCUCUCUUCAUGAAAGAUGGGCUGUUGAUGCCAUAUGUGGUGACCACAUUGGGGUUCCUGUUCUUUAGCGUGUACCUGCUCUCAGCACUGGAGCGCACCACAGUGGCAGAACUCAGACUGGAAUCAUACCAGAGACUGACACAUGCCUGCCUGCCCACACUCAACUUAUGCUCUGUUGUCAAGUGGAAAUUCUUCCUCUCGUUGGUGGGCAUGGCUGCUCUCAGUUUGGCCAGCAUGCUGUUGGAUCCCCCAGCCGCUCUGCCGGACCUGUUUCCUGUUCUCAUUUCUGUCUUUUCGUUCCUCCAUUUUCUGGGUCUGUUUGUUUAUUUCAACUUGGUCCAGCUCACGGAACCAUCUGGGAGAAAGAACCAAAAGAAAGCCAACUGACAGAGUCCCAGUGGCCACACAUAUCAGAUCAGAUUGCCCUGAGACAGAAAGCCUUUGGAACCCUGGCACAAUUCUCAACUGGUAUGGAGUGUGUAGUUAAAAUAACUGGUGGUUAUGGGAACAGAACGCAGUUAAAAAUGAUGUCUUUUCAGAGGAAGAGACAGCAAGAAAAAUUUGGCCUCUUUCAAGACUGACUGGUUUGGGGAAAACAAAUAUCACAUAAAAGAUUGAGUAAUGGGACCAUUAUGUCAAUAUUGUCUUUAAUUACAAAUUUUCUACAUGAUUAAAGGUUUUGUACAAAGACAAA